GGCAUUGGAUGGUUUCCAGCCCUCCGAUGCUCAUAUAUAUAUAUAAAUAACUGCACGGGAGUCUCUAAUGGAGCUGUGAGGAGUUAUUGGAAGAGCUCAGUCGCCGAGGAUGAUGGGAUUGGAGUCCAUUUAAUGCACCCAGACAAGCGCCGUUGGGAAUAUGGACCCAUAAGGUUUCCCUGGAUCCAACAGGCCGGUGGGACUUUGCUGAGAGAAUGGAUCGGAGCUGAUUCCACAUACACAGUAAUAAAGGGCAGGGGAUGGGAAUGAACAGAACCAAGUGAGGUUCUGGCAAAGUUCUUUAGAUACAUAGAGAAGCCCAGGGCGUUGCACUUACAUUUAUUGCACUUUUACUCUUUACAUCUCAUUUAACCCACCAAUCAAUAUCUUGGAUCAGGUGAAAGGUUGCUCCGUCCUCCCUUUAUCGUCCUCCCAAUUAACACCCCGAUUAUCUCAGCCGAGAUACAAACAGGAAAAUCAUUAACAUGAAAUUCUGGAUAAGAUCCAAGGGAACUUUCCAUAAAUCUAUAACAUUUGCAACUCCCAUGUCCCCGCCCCCUGCCCGCCAUAAAGCUGAAUAUAAACAUGGCCGGGCUGGCUGGGUUGCACCAAUCAUGGAAAAGCAAGUCUUCUGCCGGGCUCUUGUCUCUGCCAGUUGGCUUUCGGGAGCCCUAAAGUCCCGGCCCACCCUGAGGGUCCUGGAUGCCACGUAUGACAAGGAUGCCGGCAAGCAGUUCUCAGAGAGACAUAUCCCCCACGCAAGAUUUUUUGACCUGGACCAGUGCAAAGAUCAGGCUUCACCCUAUGAGAUGAUGUUGCCCAGUGAGAGACAUUUUGCCGAGUACGUUGGCCGCCUUGGCAUCACUAAUAACAGCCACGUUGUGGUUUAUGAUACCGAUAAGAUGGGCAUACUGUCUGCCCCCCGGGUCUGGUGGAUGUUUCGGGUAUUUGGGCACAGGAACGUCUCAGUUUUGGACGGUGGGCUUCGGAACUGGCUGAAACAGGGGCUUCCUGUAACAUCGGAGAACCCGCAGUUUGGAGCCGAGACCUUCCGGGCAAAGCUGGACCCCUCUCUGCUGCACAGAUUCGAAGACGUUCGGGAUAAUAUCAGCAGCAAGCGCUUCCAGCUGGUCGAUGCCCGGUCACCCGCGAGGUUCAGGGGUCCGGAGCCAAAGCCUGGGGAAGGCAUUGAACCCGGGCACAUCCCCGGCGCUGUCAACCUUCCCUUCUCCACUUUCCUAACGAAGGAGGGGUACGAGAAAUCGCCCGAAGAGAUCCGGCGUCUGUUCCAGGAGAAGGGGCUGGACCUGAAUAAGCCAAUGGCUGCCACUUGCCGCCGAGGGGUCACAGCUUGCCACGUGGCCCUGGCUUCGUUCAUCCUGGGCAAAGAGAACACUGCUGUCUACGACGGCUCCUGGUCCGAAUGGUUCCACCGGGCCAAACCCGAGCACAAGGUGUUUGAGAAGAACUAGGGAAGCCCAGAAGGGCCACAGGAGCCAGAGCCUCCAUUGCUGUAACCGCCACACAAUUUCCAGCAUUAUGGGGGGUCUUGGAACCCAUAGCAACCAGCUGGCCAUUAUUCUAUGUCACCCCACCAGCAAAAGGUAACUCCUUAUUGGUUGCUAUUGGUUACAAGACUGUUUCUGCAUAACCCCUAUAGACUGUAACAGCCAAAUGGAAGAAUCUGUCUUGUCCUGUACCCAUAAUGCUUUGCCCUGCAUAAAUAUAAAGGGGAAGUGUGUGUGGGGGGGGAGGGGGGGGCGCCAGGUGGGUGGGGUUUCUGUAUGUGAAGUUUCUAAAUUAAUAAUCAAUAAAUGUGUCUGUCCGUCUGUCUGUCUGUCUGUCCGUUUGCUUCCUGCCAUCUGCAUGUUAAAUGCUACCCAGCAGCACCUUCAGGCCGCGGCCUUGGUCACAUGACAGACAUGCCUAUAGCUGUCACAGGAUGCUGGGAAUUGUAGUUUAACAAUAUCCGGAGGGAGGAAAGGCUGAACUGCUGCCUGGUUGUUUGGGGCUAAAGGUUCCCUAGCAACCGGGCAUUUGUUUAAAUACCAAUAAACAACAAUGCUAAAUCUCCAUUCUGGUUGCUAUGGUGACUGACUCUAGAAAUGAAAAGAUUCAGAAAAAAAUACAAUAUUUUAUAAAACA